GCCUUUCCGGCGGUGACGACCUCCCCACGAGAACAUGCCUCUUGCGAAGGAUCUCCUGCACCCAUCCGCGGAAGAGGAGAAGAGGAAGCACAAGAAGCAGCGCCUGGUGCAGAGCCCCAACUCCUACUUCAUGGACGUGAAGUGCCCAGGAUGCUACAAAAUCACCACCGUCUUCAGCCACGCACAGACGGUAGUUCUGUGUGUCGGCUGUUCUACUGUCCUCUGUCAGCCCACGGGAGGAAAAGCAAGGCUUACAGAAGGAUGCUCCUUCAGGCAGAAGCAGCACUAAAAGCUCCCUGAAUCAAGAUGAGUGGGACACUAUCCUAAUAAACAGAUUUUGGAUUAAAAAAA